AUGCUGAAGGUUGAUUGGAGGCCAGGAGAGGCUGGGGCCGAAGGGACACAACAACCAGGCGCCACACUCCAUGAGGGCGGAGCGCACCGCCUGUCUACCGUGAAUGGCAACGGUGAAAGUUGCGUCACGGUGUUUGAGUUGCCACCGUCGCCGGUUCAUGAAAUGAGCCCCUCUUCAGCCACCACAUCGGCCAGAGGGAACAUUAAAACAGUGCCAGGGACGUCUGCGGGCACUCGUGUUUUCUCCUCUUUAGUCUCCUUCUCCUCCGCCGUCAACGGGAAUGAGGACAACACGGUGGCUACGUUGCGAACGCAGUUACGUUGCGCGGAGCUGAGCAACAGUAUUCUGCGUGACAAUAACGAUACUCUGAAGGCCGUUGCCAACCAGCUGGCUGCGCAACUGGACCUGGCAAAUAACGGGUUGGCCCUUUAUCAAGAACAGGAACAGGUACAAGCUUUGCGACGCAGUGGACACGAAGGGCAGAACAAAGGGAACGCCUGUCGUGAAGCCUCUGCCACCGAAGCAGAGUACGAGCACUGUAUUGCCUCACUCUACCGUGCAGUGCGGGGAAAAAAUGCGACGCUCACAUAUUUCCGAAACGAAAUGGAGGUCCGAAAGGUGGAUGCGUCAGUUUUGCUUCAAGCGUCGUUGGAGAGGAAAGAUAACUAUAUCCUUCAACUGAUGGGUGAAUUGGAUCAGUUGCGACGUGUACAGGGCAUUGGGUGUUAUGCACAAAUUCGGAGUAAGUAA